AUGAAAAGUAGUUUACACCGCUUGGAAGGGACUUCAGGUGAUGCUCCUGGUGGGUUAAUUAUUAGAAAGAAAGAAAAACCAGAAGAGUUUCAGUUUGCUAUGCCCUCUCUCCUUGGUUUAGAUAAGUUAGCGGCAGCUAAACGUAAGCAAAACCGUUUAAUAUCUUUUCAACCUGAGGACACUGAAUCAGAAUCAGAUCAAGAUGAAAGUGACUCGUCUACUGUAAAGGAAAGAAAAUACAGGAGACAUAAUGAAGAGACACCAACCUACACCGGUGGUCUUUCUGAAGAAGCUCGAAAUAGAAUGCUAGAACGAUUACAAAAAAAAACUAAAGAAUCUAGAGAAAAGGGUGUACACAAUUCUACACAAGAGGAAAAAAAAUCUAGAUCAAAGGAGGAAGAUAUAGAUCGCCAUUACCGUCGGUAUGAUCGUCGGGAUAGGGACAGAAGAUAUGAUGAUGACAGAAGAGACAGAGACUUGCAGAGACGAGAUAGAGGGUCUGAUAGAAGGGAUAGAGAUAGAAGAGAUAGAGAUUCUGAUAGAGACAGUUCGAGAAGAAGUUAUUAUGAACCUAGGUUUAAGGAUGAGCCUCGCACACCAAGUAUUAAAGCAUUAAAACCAACUGAUAAGACAGCCUGGGAUGAAGAUGAUGAUGACCCAAAGGCUGUUAGGAAGUCAAGUUGGGAUUAUCCAACUCCUUUACCAAGGGAAACUCCAGAUCGCUCUACUAGGAGUGAUAGAAAGCCUAUCAGGGAUUAUAAAGGAAGACCAUAUGAUGAUACACCUAGACCUACACCUCAUAAAUGGGUCAGUUCACGGCGUGGGCAAGAUGUAGAUGAUCCCGAUUGGCAGGAAGCUGAAAAGAAAUUAGACCGUGCUUGGUACAACAUGGGUGAAGGUGAGACUGAUGAAUCUGAUCCCUUUGCGGGAACAUCAGCUGAAUAUAUAGCUCGUAAGGAAGAACAAAUAGAGAAACGCCGGAAUCGAAAAGUGUCAGCUGCAAGGCAGCAAAUAGACAAGGACAACGAGCUGUGGGAAAGGAACAGAAUGCUUACAAGUGGAGUUGUUCAUUCCAUUAAUGUUAAUAAUGAUCUUGAUGAGGAAAGUGUGGACCGAGUACAUUUAUUGGUACACAAUAUUGUCCCUCCAUUCCUGGAUGGUCGUAUUGUGUUUACGAAGCAGCCGGAACCUGUUAUACCUGUGAAAGACCCGACAUCUGAUAUGGCGAUUAACGCGAGGAAAGGUUCUGCUUUAGUAAAAGCCUUUAGAGAACAAAAGGAAAGACGAAAAGCUCAGAAGAAACAUUGGAAAUUGGAAGGAACUAAAAUAGGUAACAUAAUGGGUAUUCAGAAGGAACAAGAAGAAAUUGAAGAUGGGCCCACGAAGGAGGCAUAUAAAUACGCCGAACAUUUAGACAAAGAGGGUCAACAACCAGAGUCGAAGUCAGAUUUUGUGAGAAAGAAAACGAUAUCAGAGCAGAGGCGGUUCUUGCCUGUCUUUGCUGUAAGAGAGGAAUUGAUGCAGGUCAUAAGAGAGAAUAAUGUAAUCAUUAUUGUUGGUGAGACGGGAAGUGGUAAAACGACACAAUUAACCCAAUACCUUCACGAGGAAGGGUUCAGUAAGCUUGGCAUGAUCGGUUGUACGCAGCCGCGUCGUGUAGCCGCCAUGUCUGUCGCAAAGAGAGUCGCCGAUGAAAUGGGCACGAGGCUGGGUGAGGAAGUAGGCUACGCCAUACGUUUCGAAGACUGCACAUCGCCCAACACGGUCAUUAAGUAUAUGACAGAUGGUAUUUUACUCCGCGAGGGUUUACGGGAACCGGAUUUGGACAACUACUGUGCGGUCAUUAUGGACGAGGCCCACGAGAGGUCGCUGUCCACUGAUAUGCUGUUUGGAUUACUUCGGGAGGUAAGUGAUAGAUAA